GCUGCCUCCUCCUCCCGACCGGUUGAAACCGACAGAAAGCGGCCGAGUGGUGCUCGCAGCCGGGGGAGGAGCGCGUCCUCCUCGGUGAGAGCCCCACACGCACUCCGCUCUCCGCCCGCCAUGUCCUCUCGCUGCCUGCUCCGGCUGCUCGUGCGCGGCCCCGCCGCCUCCCGGCUGCUCUUGCACGGCCCCGCCGCCAUGCAGCGGCACUACAGCCUGGACGUGUCCGCUCCGCUGCUGCGGACGCGGGGCUACGUGGACGGCCGCUGGGUGUCCGCAGCCUCGGACUUCCCGGUCCUGGACCCGGCCACCGGGGAGGAGAUCGCCCGGGUCGCCGACUGCGGCCCCGCGGAGGCCAAGCGGGCUGUGGACGCGGCGCACCGGGCGUUCGAGUCCUGGAAGCGGACCACCGCGAAGGAGCGCAGUGGGGUCCUGAGGCGGUGGUUCGAGCUGCUGACGCUGCACCAAGAGGACCUGGCCCAGAUCAUCACCUUCGAAUGUGGUAAACCCAUGCGUGAGUCCCUGGGGGAGGUGGCGUACUCCGCCUCCUUCCUGGAGUGGUUCUCCGAGGAGGCGCGGCGUGUUUACGGGGACGUGGUCCCGUCGCCCGCCAGGGACCGCAAGAUCCUCCUCCUGAAGCAGCCAGUGGGCGUGGCCUCCAUCAUCACGCCGUGGAACUUCCCCAGUGCGAUGAUCACCAGGAAGGCAGCAGCCGCUCUGGCUGCCGGCUGCACCGUGGUGGUGAAGCCGGCCGAGGACACGCCGCUGUCCGCCCUGGCUCUGGCUCAGCUGGCGGAGCAGGCGGGGGUCCCUCCGGGGGUCUUUAACGUGGUCCCGUGCUCCAGAGAGAAGACCCCCUCAGUCGGGGAGGUCCUCUGCACCGACCCCCUAGUGGCCAAGAUCUCCUUCACUGGAUCCACCGCCACCGGCAAGCUGCUGCUGAAGAUGGCUGCUGACACCGUGAAGAAGGCGUCCAUGGAGCUGGGAGGCCACGCCCCCUUCAUCGUGUUCAACAGCGCCGACGUGGACCAGGCGGUGGGCGGAGCCAUGGGCUCCAAGUUCAGAAACUCCGGACAGACCUGCGUGUGCUCCAACCGGUUCCUGGUGCAGAGCGGAGUCCACGACCGCUUCCUGGCCCAGCUGGGCCGGGCCAUGGACGCCCAGCUGGUCCUGGGUCACGGGUCAGAGCCCGGCACCACCCAGGGCCCCCUCAUCAACGCCAGGGCUGCAGAGAAGGUGGUCCACCAGAUCUCCGAUGUCCUGAACCAGACCCCGAGGUCCCUGAGAGGAGGCCGCUGUCUGAACCUCUGGGUGGUCACCCUGCUGGCCGGCGUCACCACGGACAUGUUGUGCACCCAGGAGGAGACCUUCGGCCCGCUGCUGCCCGUCAUCAGGUUCGACACCGAGGAAGAAGCUCUGGCCAUCGCCAACAACACCAGCGUCGGGCUGGCAGGGUACUUCUUCUCGCAGGACGUCAGUCAGAUCUGGCGCGUGGCCGAGGCGUUGGAGGUCGGCAUGGUGGGCGUCAACGAGGGCCUCCUGUCCACCCCCGAGGCCGCCUUCGGGGGGGUCAAGCAGUCCGGUCUGGGCCUGGAAGGCUCCAAGUACGGCAUCGACCAAUACCUGGAGGUCAAGUACAUGUGCUUUGGGGGCCUGCAGCCCUGAACCGGGACCAGGGCGGACUCACCAAGGUCUAGAUACACGAGCCCAGAAUCAACUUAGCCCUGUUCAGAUGGUUACUAUAGCAACACUUGAUUGUUUUUAAAUCAUAACGAUGUCACAGGUCCAGCUGUCUCCUUUAGCGCCUCAGAUCCAGAGAGAUGAACCACAACUAGUUCUACUGUACCUGCAGUACUCCAGAGUCCUCUAGACCAGUGGUCACCAACCUUUUUUGAGCCACGGACCGGUUCCGUGUCAGAAAUUAUUUUCACGGACCGGCAAUAUAAAUGACGUAAUAAAUAUGACGUCAUACAAUUAUACGAAGGGCAUAAAGUGCCAAAACUCCAACUCAUCAUUACGCCGAGUGUGAGCCGUGCUUGUUGACCUGCAACGAGCCGCUGAUGGAGACGGCGACACAGACGUGUGUUUGGUCCGCUGCUCCUCACCGAGUUCUGGUCGCUGUCAUUAGAACAGGCAGAGUUGUGUGAAAUGUCCCUUAAGGCCACCGUCAUUUGCAUCUCCAACACAUUUUUUUCUAGCUCGGACGGCUCGAUUCACCGGGUGAGUUUGUUUACUAACGGGUUGCAGGUCUAUUCUUUUGCAGUCGGGUCUUUUGUGGUUGGAGUACCGCUCAAACUCUUUGAAAAGCCUCUUCCACCCGGUCAACGUCUGAAACAUGUAGAAUGUUCCGCUGUUCACUCGCCCACACAGCAGCGACUUUAUCGGCCAACUUGAAACCAGUUGUCAUUUCCCUGAAGUGACAGAAUUCAUUGAGCAGGUUGAAUAUGUUUUAGAUUCUUUGUCACUGUGCCGCCAGCAGAGGGUUCGGCGCGUGAGACUCGCCUGCAGCGAUAAACCACAACUUUAAGACUCCUGAACGCGGCUCAGACCGACACACGGGUGAAUCUGCUCCUUUUUCAAAAUAAUAUAGUUUUCCGACUGAUUAAAAAAAAAAAAUUACAACUUUAUUUUUCACUUUUUUCCCGCGGCCCGGUUCCAACCAAGCCGCGGCCCGGGGGUUGGGGACCCCUGCUCCAGAGAGUACUCCAGAGAUUACUCCAGGUCCUUUCAGGGCACUUGCGGCCCUCUGGCGGUUCAACAGAAACACUGUUCAGACUUUAAGACUACUGAAGUCAUCCGGCCCUGAGCGGACCGGGUCCAGAGGGACCGGUUGAGCAAUAGAGUCCUGCUUGUGUGUAGUCCUGCUUGUGUGUAGUCCUGCUUGUGUGUCACAACACUCCAUCCUCGUGGAUCCCUUUGUAUGAAUUACAUAUUAAAGAGAACUUUGUGAUGUU